CUUAAUCUACGUGUAUAAUUCUAAAACGACUUAUAUUAAAAAACGGAGGGAGUAUAUUUUCUUUAAAUGAAUAUAUCUGAGUUUUUAAAUCUAUGCAUUUAAGAAAAGUGUGCAAUUUGAAAAAGUUUAAAGCUAUGGAGAUGGUGACUAGGGUUUAAGAAAAUUGUGCAAUUUUGGUUUAAGAAAAGUGUUUAAUAUGUAGUUAAAAACAAAUAUGUUUUUCCUUAAUCAUAGUAAAUUAGUUUUAAUUUAAUAAGAUACAAAAAGUUGUGUCUUAUUUUAUUUGUAUUCUAUCAAUUUAAAAUUUUACAUUACAUAAAAAUAUAGCUACACAUUGUCACUAUAUCGAAACAAUAUUACACAUGUUGAAGUUAAAUCUCCCAUGAAAUCCAUAAACAUUGAUGAUGUGAUAUGUUAAUAUAACACGACACAAAUUCCACGCUUUGAAAGCGCGGAUCAAAGUCUAGUAAAUUAUUAAAAUAUAAGUGAUAAUGUCCUCGGCUUUUCACAGACAAUAUGCUUAUCUAUCUCGCUCUCAUCACAUGUCACACGCGCUCUAACAUGUUAACGCGCUUAAAAUAGAGACAAAACUCGUGUAUCUCUUUCGUCCACCAUUUUCAUCUCUCUCUCUCGAAGCUUCGUCAAUGCGUUACCUUCUCUAAACACCAUUGAUUCCCGAUUCCAUUCCUUCUCCGAAACCCUAGAAACUUUCCCCCAAAUCCAAGAUCCAAUCAAUGGCCGUCAUCCCCCGAUCAGAUCCACCUUCACGAAUCCACCCCCAACCCCAACCCCUAGAACAAACCGACCACUUCGAUCGUCUCCCAGACUCAAUCCUCCUCCUCGUCCUCAACAGAAUCGCCGACGUCAAAUCCCUCGGCCGAUGCCGCGCCGUCUCCCGCAGAUUCCACUCCCUCGUUCCCCAGGUCGAAAACGUCGUCGUCCGCGUCGAUUGCGUCAUCUCCGACGACGAUAACUCCUCCCUCUCCUCGAUCAAACCCCCCUCCGCCGCGUCCUCCUCAUUCUCCGCCGUGUUUAGCCUCGUCGUCGGCGGCAUUGUCAAGCCGUUGCAAGCCUUAGGUCAAUUACUCGGCACAACGAGCAGAUCUUCUUCUCUUUCUACGAGUGGAGAGAUCGAGCAAGGCGGCGUCACGCACCAUUCUCCUACGCAGGUUUUGAGAAACUUCGAUGAGAUUCGUUACCUCCGCAUCGAGCUACCUAGCGGCGAGCUCGGGAUAGACGAAGGAGUCUUGUUGAAAUGGAGAGCUGAGUUUGGCUCAACCUUAGAUAACUGCGUGAUUCUUGGCGCGUCUUCAGUGAUUCAACCGAGUCCAAUGCACAUUUCUCAGACGCUUGAAGCUCCCGACGCCUCCGAGGAUAACGGGAGUAUACCGGAAUCGUUUUACACUAACGGAGGCUUAAAGCUGCGUGUUGUAUGGACGAUCAGCUCAUUGAUUGCCGCAUCAGCAAGACACUACUUGCUUCAGCCUAUAAUCUCAGAGCACAAGACGUUGAAGAGUUUAGUGCUCACUGAUUCAGAUGGGCAAGGUGUGCUUUCUAUGAACAAGGAUCAGCUUGAAGAGCUUAGGGUGAAACCGUUGUUAGCUUCGUCGGCUUCGAAGAGGACCCUUGUGCCUGCCUUGAACAUGAGACUUUGGUAUGCUCCGAGUUUGGUGUUGCCUGAUGGAACUGUGUUGAAAGGUGCGACUUUAGUGGCGAUAAGGCCUAGUGAGUCGAAUAAGGAUGUGUCUGAUGCGAAUUGGGUGUCUUCGGCUUUUGAGGAGCCUUAUGAGACAGCUGCUAAGAUGCUUGUUAAGAGAAGGACGUACUGUCUAGAAAUGAACUCCUUCUAGCCUGAAGGGUUUAUAAGUACGAUCCUCUAUUCUGCUAAGGUUAAAGACUUAUUGUCUUGCAAUGUUACUUAUAACUUGAUGAUUAGUUAAGCAUUUGUGAUUAUAGACUGAGAAUGUAAUUUGGGAAUAUGCCUUAUGUUCACGACUUUCUUUGCUGUUUUGAUUGAUGGGGAGAAGGAGAAGAAGAGAAUGAACUAAAUCCAGUUUUGAUGAAUGAUGAAUCCAGAAACCAAUCUUGUUGCCUACUACAUCUGGUAGCAAAUUUUUUUCUUGGGAGCAUAUGCUUAUGCAGGAUCACACAGCCAUAUAUCAAAAAAUUACUUAUUAUCAUGUAAGAGCUUUUUUGGCAUGUCAAGUCUUGAGCUUUGUAUA